ACGGAGAGCUGCCACACUUCUUCCUCACGGAUCUUAGAAUAGAGGUCCACGGGAAACGGCGGAGCAUUGCUCCAAAUCACUCGCCUCUCAACUCUAUCCCCAGAACAUGCCGGACAACAAAUCCAUGGUUUCGGGUCAUGCUCUAUCGAUAUUGUCCAAUCAAUCUCUUUGUUGAGACUCCGAAGCUACAAAAUUCUACAUUAUUGUGGCUUCACGUGCCUGUUCACGUGCCCGACCGACACCGGCCGAGGGGCCCCGCGGAUUUUCCGCACUUCGGUAUCGGAGGCCCAAAGUUACCCAGUUGAGCGAAAUACCUCCUCCAUUACCAUGACCAUGGUACACUUCUUCCUCGAAUAACAUCGUAUCGACCUUGAUACCGCUUUCCGGUGGCCUUUUCAUGCUCACCCAACAUAGGUGACGCGUUGUCUCCAAAUCACCGCAAUCAAGUCUGGCGACGUCAUGCCUAACACCAGCGCUAAAGCCGGUAAACAUGGAUUUCCGAGGGGAAAACAAGGACGUCCAGUCUCAUGCUACCUAUGCCGCUUGCGCAAACUCAGAUGCAGUCGUGAACAUCCUUGUUCCAACUGCAACACUCGUGGUAUCAAAUGCUCGCUGUAUGGGGGUGACGAUGAUGACUCCUUCCCACCCUCAGGAUCCUCUGCACCAUCCCAUGCAUCCCCCGUCGUCGAAGCCAGAAAUACAGAUGCUUCACUGUUCUCAGACAUCCUAGAGCGCCUGGAAAGGUUAGAAAACGUGUUAUCUACCCAGACGGCCCUCUUGCAGAACUCCGAUCCGAGCCACUCACCUAGACACAGCCGCGAAUGGCAAACAAACACGUCCCCUGUCCCUACCAGCCUUAUACAGCUGCCGCGACAACCCACACAACAUCAUCUUGCGGGAGACGUGAAAAGGUUGGAGCAAGUCUCCACAAGUCACCCCUCCAAAAGUUUCACCUCAUUGGGGAGCAUUGUUUUUCGUGUCAGGCCGCCGCCACCUAGUACUGGACCAAAGACAUCAGAACAUACAUUCCACAGCAGCGGUGGUCAGAACAGCGACCAGCUUGUGUUUGGCAUCUGGCUACCGUGCCGAAGCGAAGCAGAAAGUCUUGUGGAGCAGUAUCUCAACAAUGUCAGCUACAUUCACCAUAUCGUCCACCCUCCCAGGGUCCGUAAUGAGGUGGCAAAGCUCUACACUGAUCUAGAGAGCCAAUGUCAACCCGAGCUCGGAAGCGCAAUCCUUUUUCUGAGCUUGCUCGCUAGUGUCACUUACCUCCUAGACACGGAAGAUUCUGAUACUGAACUCUCCCCAACAGUAACCGAAGCCAGUGAGGAAACUUUGUCCUGGAUUCGGAUCACUUUGACUGUAUUGAAUCAGUUACAGAGUAGCAGUCUUUGCUCUCUUCAGAGUCUGCAGGCUAUCAUCAUUACAUCCUUCCUUGUAGGUAACAUUGAAGGAAUUGCUCAGCGCUUCAGAACCUUGAUAGCCACAGCUUUAGCGACGGCCCGCGAACUUGGCCUACACCGAAUUGACCAUGGAGAAGGUACUGAGACUACCGAGCCUCCAGCUCAAGACAUGGUCGACGUAGAGGUUGGCCGUCGCGUGUGGUGGCAUCUCACAGCGACUGACUGGCUCCUGACUCGAUAUUCCGGACCAGCCGCAGGCGUUUAUACUGUCCACCCCAACCACAUGAAUGUCAAGAAACCACAAAAUAUCGACGACGAUGACCUGCACGUUGAUGGCUUGGCCAGGAAUAAAGCUGUCUCGGUACCCACAGCCAUGUCUUACUUUCUUCAACGAAUUCGGCUGGCUGAAAUUUGUCGCAAGGCUGUGGACCACGCCUCGCUCUGGUCAGCGAAUCUCCGUGGCGCAAACUACAGCAACAUUGUCUUCAUCGACACAGAGCUUACCGUCUUCAGCAACGCUCUGCCAUGGUUCUUCGCCCUCGACAAUGAGGGGUCGGACAGAUUUUUUCAAUUAACAUCUCAGCAAGAGUCAACCAUCAAAGUGCAGCGCUAUCUCAUCAAUACCACUCUCCACACUCAACGAUGCGUCCUGCAUCUCCCGUACUUUGCACGCUGUCGGGAAACAUGCGCAUACGCGUACUCCCGUGACGUCUGCCUAGAUGCCGCCAGGUCAAUCGUGCAGGCCGAGCUGCUCAUCGAAAGAGAUAUGCUCCCUUUCACCAAGGUGCGCCUCAAGUUAUCCGCAUCGUUGUAUGGGUUGUUUGUUGCAAAUAUCAUAUUCUUCCUCGAGGCCUCCUUUCACAAGGUGUCCGAAUGGCCAAAUGGUCUGCGCUCGACAACAAAGGAAGCCUUCCGUCUUCUGAUGGAGGCAAAAAGAAGCUCCUCAAUGGCAGCCAAACUCUGCGAAACCUUGUGCCAUAUUUCGGAGAAGAACAAAGUCUCAUUACCUAUUCUUCAUGCUCAAAAUUCGCCAUGUGACUACACGUCGACCCUGGCAACUGGCGCUUUGGAAGAUAUGAAUACUUCUCAUGGCGUUGCUGAAGGCCGAGAACAGAAUCAAUUCUCAAUGAACGACUGGGCCGACAGUUACUCGUCGUGCGAAGGUCAAGACCUGUUUGAUCCGUUGGCUUGGGCGCAAUCUAUCGGCGCAUUUGAAGAAUACCAGUAUUUGUGACCGUGAAUGCCUUAGUGAAAGCCAAAGCGACCGGCAUGUACUAG